AUGACGCCUGUUCUGCAAUCGCGGGAAACCACGUUAUUUCGUUUCACGACUUCUGUGGAAGACCACCACACGCGCAUUCAGAACGACCGCACCCUCGCAUUCGCAGAAGUCAACCGGAGUCUUCCGCCGCAUUUCCUCCACCCUGAGGACCUGGAUCUGGAACUACGGUUGCUCGAGGUGGUGCUGGUGACGAGAGUGGCGGGAUCUGCGGCUAGGACGAGUUUGUAAGGACGAGUGCUACGGCACAAAUAUGCUUUCAUUGUAUCGGUUCAACGCAGCGAUUACAAGAACGACACGUCUUGCACAACAAGUAGAUGGAAGUGACACAAAAUUCCUUGCAG